AUGUUUGCGCCCCUGGCAUGGUGUCUUGGCGUCCUCUGCUGUGCAGUCUUGGCGGCCUCGCCGGCGUCGCGUCCGCUGUCCAUUGAGCAGAAGCUUCUGCUGAUCGCGUGGCCAGCAAGCUGCGCAUGGCAGCUGUGUGACCGAGCAGGCAAGGACCAAGAGAAAGUGACCACACCAUGGCCUGCAAAGCUGCUUCAGCUCAUGACCGCUUUCAGUGGGGCCAGCUUCUGCGCGAAGCUCGUGAAAGAUUGGGAGGCCUCAGCAACUGCAGUCCUGCCGUGUGCUUCGCUGCUGUCAUUGGCGCACAUGACUUUGCCGUCGCUGGAGCUACCGCUGGGCGACUUCAUUCCGUGGUGGUCCUUGCUGGUGCUUGGGAUGAUUGCUACGUUUGGGUCCAGCGACAUGCGUGCGGAGGCCGGGCUCUCAUUGGGACGCAUGGAUGGAGCACCCCUGCUUUGGUCUGCAAUUUGCGUAGCAAUCUCCACUGUGGCUCUGGUGGGCUGGUCCAAAAUCUGGGUGCGUGGCAACCACGGCCCUAUCCAGGAUGCUUUGGCGCCGCUGAUGUCUCCGGUGUCUGUGCUGCCCCUAGCGGUGGUCAAUGCCUUUCGCGAGGAACUUCAAUUCCGAAUGAUGUUUCUGGGAGCGGUGCUGGCAGGGGACGCCUCCGACUCGAAACUUCUCACGACGAUCUCCGUCGCAUUGCAUUCCACAUUCUUCGCUUUGCUGCACUACCUGGGAGGAUUCCCUCGAGGUUUGAGUGGCUUUGUGCUUGUUCUUGUCUGGAGCAGUUUCCUGGACAUCCUACGCAUCUGGAGUGGUGGAAUGGCGCUGGUGUUCUUAUUGCAUGUGCAGGCAGACGUUACCAUUUUCUUGCUCGUCCAUGUUGAGGACAGGCGACGGCGGCGCCUCAACCAGACGGACUGA